CUGUUUCACAACACAGAGGGGCGGGGCCAGUUACAAAACAUUUCCAGUGUGUGGCGCGAAGCGUUUUUAUCUUUUUUUUUACCAAUAUCAGAUACCAACCUCGGAAGUGUGCAUGUAUCACCCCUCUGCACUUAUCUGCAACUCAUACGUGCUGUUAUAAGUGCACUAAUAUGGCGACAAGACGAACGAAAUUAAAAGCUGUUGUGGAGUUAAAGUUAUUGGAAAUGACCCCUGUGGAUCUCGAGGGUCCAGUCAGAAGAUCUUCACGACACCCACUGGCACCUAAACGCCUCCAGUACUCACCUGAGACAGCUCCCAAUCAGAAAAGGAGGAAAACAACAACAACGCACAAUGAACAAAACAGCCAGAAUGACAGCAAGGAAGUUGGAACUAGUGAUCAGGAGGGUUCAGCUGGUGGAUAUGGAGCACUUUCUUCAUAUGAACUGGAGCGUCUGGAGAACAUCAGACAAAAUCAAGCUUUUCUGUCGUCUAUCAACUUAUUCAAGGCCACUGAGGAGUUGAAGCAGUUGACACGGCCAAAGCCAUCGCAGAGGGGUCUCAUGAGGUCACAGGCUGCUGUAAAAGAAGCGCUGCCAUCUCGCAAAUCUCUUCGUCUCCAAAAUAAAGAGGCAGAUACCUUGACACUUCCUCCUGAACCAAGGGGGAUGCUGAUCAUGCAGGAGUCACUCAAGAAACCUCCUGGUCCUCUGCCCAUGGAUCCAGUCAACAUGGAGGAGGGAAGCAAGCUGCCUUCACAACUUCUUGAGCUCUGCUCAGAGAGUUCAACAGAAGAAAGAAAGAUGGAGCUCGGUCUUAAAGAGUACCGCUCCGCCCUUAAGAACAUGAGGAUAACUGAGGACAGAGUGGCCAAAGUGGUGAAGGACCGAAUCUUCUCCGCUGCCUUCCACCCCUGUACCAGCAGCCUGUUGAUGGCCACAGGAGACAAGCUGGGGAAAGUUGGCCUCUGGAAAUUGGGUGGUGAUUGGGGUGAUGAUGGUGUUCUGCUCUUCGAGCCCCACACUCGUCCAGUAGCCUGCAUGGCGUUCUCCCGGGCUCAACCCACCCAGCUGCUGAGCCUCAGCUACGACGGCUCUCUACGCUGUACGGAUGUAGAGAAGGCCGUCUUUGAUGAUGUGUAUGACAUUGAAGAUGGCCUGAAAACAUUUGACUUCAUGUCCCAUGAUUGUCUGACACUAGUAGUCGGGAACUGGUUUGGAGAAGUUGCCAUCGUCGAUAGGCGGACCCCAGGAAACACCCACGAGUCCCUCCACUCAUUGGACCCCAAGACUCUGCGUUGUGUGAGCGUCCACCCUUUACAGAAGCAGUACUUUGCUGUUGCAGAAAGCAAGGUAGUGAAUAUUUAUGACAGCAGAUAUCUGAACAAGACUAAAAGCCAGGAAGUCUCCCAGCUGCAUGGGCACUCUUUAAGCAUAUCCAGCGCUUAUUUCUCCCCUCGCACAGGCAACAGAGUUCUCACCACCUGUAUGGAUAACCACAUAAGGAUAUAUGACACAUCUGCAGUGAGUACAAAAUCUCCCUUGCUGACAUCCAUCAGACACAACAUGCACACAGGCCGAUGGCUGACCAAACUAUCAGCAGUGUGGGACCCCAAAAAGGAAGACUGCUUCGUGGUGGGCAGCAUGUCUCAUCCUCGGAUGGUGCAGGUGUUCCACGAAAGCGGCGAGCUCCAGCACUCCUUUAUAGAUGGCGAGAACCUGAGCACGGUGCAGUCGGUCACUGCUUUCCACCCCACAAGGAAUGCCUUCCUGGGCGGCAAUGCGUCAGGGCGCCUGCAUGUCUUCUCCGACUGAGACCAAGACUUCUAGUUGAGCCCAUUUAGGUAGGAAGAACAAGUAAGGAAAUGUUUUUGUCACAGUCAAGGUGGAAAACUAGCACAGUGUGGAUUGAUAUCUCAGUGCUAGUUGUGACAGUCGUGUCUUUAUUGUUGCCCUCUCUGGAUCUCAAUAUCGCUUUAAGAUAGUGUUGUCAUAAUUCUAACACUUAUUACAAUAGUGUGAAUACAGUUGUUAAACACAACUAUAUUCACCCUUUCAGUCUUGAGUUUACUGUAUGUGGAAUGGGCUGCAAUAACUUAACAUGAGGACUCUCUUCUAAAUAUUGUAACACUGCUCAAACUCUGUUAAGGUGCAUGGGGAUUGUGAGUGAGCAGAAGUGUCCUGCCACAAAUUCUGGACUGAAUUGAGGUCUGGACUUUGAGCUACUUCUGUUUGCUAUUAACCUGUUAGGCUUCAUGUUUGGGUUUUUUGUCUGACUGGAAAAUUAAUCUUAAAUCAUAGUUGUCCUGAGAAUGGCAGGGAUUUAUUUGCUCUUUUCUCCUUUUAAAGCUAGGGUUGUUUGGUAAUCUUUGUUAUAUUUAUUAAGACUCAAUACAUUCCGACAGCAAUCAAGAAAUCAAAUACUUUUACUCAUAGACAAAAAUCUGAUAUCUGCAAUUCUCUCAUAUUUUUGUGCAUCAACUGUAGGUUAAAAAUGAAUAACUCUGACUGACUGACUGACUUUGUUGACUCUGCUGUUUACUUUUUCUGUUCUCAUAUUUUGCAUUUUUUUUGUACUCCAGAACCUAAUUUCUAAAAUGUGUUUCCUCUGUGUUUUAUUUGUAUUCUUUCUUUAUCUUCUUUUCAUUUUGUGGCUGCUGAAGC